AAAGAAAGAUAGAGAGAGAGAGGGAGAUUGAUAUCAAAUUAAAAUGAUGCAUAAUGGACAUUAAAUAUGUGGGCUUUGAUUAAGAGUACCAUUUCAUGGAUCCCAUGCCAUUGGAAUUGGAUUCCAUUUUAAGUUGACGUCAAAAGGCAACAAGAACAAAAUUGGAAAAAAAAAAUGCCUACUUAUCAAAAUGUGCUCUUCAUGCAACCAUCUGAUUGCUGACAGGAUCGAAAAAUCCGUUAUAAUCACAGUUGCACCUUUAAAACCUGAAUCAACUUUGAUGUUGGAAUUGGAGUUAUAAUGUCAAAAGAAGAAAAUAAAAAUUUAUGGCUGCCUUGACUUUGUUGCAAUUUUACUUUGGAAGACUUUUUAUUAGAAAAGAAAGUUGUUUACUUGUCAAAAUUUUCUUUGAAAACUUUCAUCGAACACGAGGUGGUGAAGUUGUGAAAUUUUCAUUAAAAUUUCUCAAAAUGGAAAAGGAGGAGAGCAAAGGGUGUUCUUCUCUUGGUUACAAGCUUUUAUUCUCAUGCCCUUUUGGUCUGUCUCCACCACAGCUGUCAGUGGUUUUCGAUGAAUCAUACGAUAGAAUUCCUCAUUCAGACGGUAAUUUGGAGAACUCCAUUUCUGAGAUAUGGGAUCAGAGGGUUCAGAAAAAUUCAUCUUUAUUCAAUGGCAAGAAAUUUAGGUAUGGAGGAUAUAGUCAGAAGAGUAGAGAUGGAUCAAGCCAAGAGUCAUAUGUAUGCCUCCACCUUGGAUUGACAGAUUAUAGAACUUUUGUGGGGACAAACUUGAGUCCUUUUUGGGAAAAAUUCUCGGUUGCAUCAGAAGAUGACUCAACACAGUGUCGACACACCUCUAGUCCUCUAGGUAAUGGUGCAAUUGUGGAGACAUCUGACAAGAAAAUAGUGGUGCUGCAAAGAAGUAAUAAUGUUGGUGAAUUUCCUGGGCAUUUUGUUUUCCCUGGAGGCCAUCCUGAGCCUCAAGAAGUUGGCAUAGAAACACAUGAAUACAGUAAAGACCCAAAAGAUUCUGAGCUUGUUAAUAAAAGGGUUUCUGAAGAGAUGUUUGAUAGCAUUAUUCGUGAACUUGUUGAGGAAGUUGGAGUACCAACUACAUUCCUGUCAGAUCCACUUUGUAUUGGCAUAUCUCGCAGGGUUUUGAAUGUUAGACCAACUAUCUUUUUCUAUAUUAAAUGUAAUCUUGAAUCAAAAGAAAUUCAGCAACGGUAUUCUAACGCACAAGAUGGCUACGAAUCCACACAACUUUAUACAGUCUCAAUGACUGAACUAGAGCAUAUGACAACAAAAAUGCCUGGCUGUCAUCAAGGUGGGUUUGCUCUCUAUAAGCUGAUGGUUGAAGCCUCAAAGAACAUCUGAAGACAGUUCAUUGUUUCUGGUCUAUACCAGAUUUCACCUCUUCGUUUCCAGAUGCUCUCAGUUAUAUUUUAUUUACUUCCAUCUUAAGGAUAAAAUGUAUCACUCUGACACUAUAUGUUUCCAUUAAAGUUUUCUAUUUGAUUUCAAGGCAACAUCCAAUUCAUAAAUUCUGAUGAAAUAAUAAUAAUAUCAUUUUAACUGCUUUCAAGCAUUUUCCAAGCAAUUUGGUGUUUGUUCAGAUUAUUCAGAUUCAAUAGAUGCUACCACUACCAUAUAGCACUCUGUCAGAAUAUA